GGUUGGAUGAGUUUUGGGAGCUGAAUGAACCAGCAGCAGCAGCAGCAGCAGAGGCACAUUCACACAGAGUUGGCCUGUACAGAAGAUCAUGGCGGCAGCAGAGUCCAGCCCUCUGACCACUCACGUGCUGAACACCGGAGACGGCGUCCCGGCAGCCAGGAUGGCGCUCAGUCUGCACCGACUCGACUCCAAUCUGAUGAUCUGGAACAUGCUGAGUGUCGGGACUACAAAUGAAGAUGGCCGCUGUCCAGGACUCGUCAGCCGACGAGCUUUCACCGUCGGCAUGUACAAGCUGCGCUUUGAGACGGGUUCAUACUGGGAGACUUUGGGUCAGACCUCCUUCUACCCGUAUGUAGAGGUGGUGUUUACCAUCAGUGAGCCUGAUCAGAGAGUCCACCUCCCUCUGCUGAUGAGUCGGUUCUCGUACAGCAGCUACAGAGGAAGCUGAGCUGGAUCUUACAUCAGUUCCUCAGGGAUUCCCAUUGUGAUGUUUUUAGGAAUUUAUUUGGACUCUAAAUACUUAAUUAUAGAAUACAAUGUGUUUAUACAAACAUAUAUAAAUGUACAUUUGGUGUGAGGAGCAUUUUAAUCGUCAUGAUAAUUAAUGUAACUACAGACUUAAUUACACAAACAACAUUUAAAGCUUCACUUUGUUCCACUAAAGUUGUUUUAACCCUUAAAUUCAUAUUUAACAUUUAUGUCUUUAACUGAUGUUUCUUGUUAUUUCUCAAAACACUUCAAAUUAAACUACUGUUUCAGAAUAAAAUCUUAAUUUACACAAGGAUUCAAACUUCAGAUUGAUCUGUUACUGAUUGAAACUGAUAGUGGAAGUUUUAUAGGA